GAAACCGGCGGAAACCUCUGUGGGGAGCUGACCACCCCCUUUCCUUUCUCUAUGAGGUCCAGAUCUCUUCUGCAGGGCCUUGGGGCCUGCGUUGUGGAGACCCCGGCUGGAGGCCGAAUCUGCUGCUGUCCCGGGGCUCCCUGUGGAGAUGAAUGUGAUGGGAGGGGAGAGGACAGGAUGUUAGUGUUGGUGAGGUGGGCUGGAGGUGUCGAGGUGACUCCCCUACCUGUCCCCUCACAAGGGCCCAGGCCAGCGCUCCCUUCACUGACAACUUGUUUCCCCACCCUGUUUCAAAGCCUCCUUUGCUGAAGUCCUUCCCUCCCGUUUUGUGUCCACCUGCCACCACUUCUCUCCUGUCCCUUCCCCCACCCCCUUCCAUUUCCGCUCCUCCCCCCAACACACCUAUUCUAUUCUUGGUAAUUCCCUCCACCCUCCUGAGUUAUUUCCAGACUUCUUGCAAGUUCACUGAUCUGAAGGCGUCGCUAAUAUCAAGGCGCUCUUGCUUUUCUCACCCGUUUUCUGUUGUGCUAUUCUCUUGUUACACUUCCUUGCAAUUACUAUAACUACAAGUUCAGGCCCGUCUAAUCAUUACGUGUGUGUAUGUAUGUGUAUGUUGUGUGUGAGUGUGUGUGUUUGCCAAGCUCAGUGCUUUGCAGAGAGCAGACGUUUAAUAAGUGUUUGUUCAAUUGGAUUCCCCUGCCUUUUGCUUCCUUUACUAUGUUCUUUGAACUUUUCUUCAGAAUGUGGAUGGUAUCAUAAAAUUUAUAGACCGAAUACAAAUUACUGGGGGUAGUAAUAAUGUGAAAAGAGCUCUGGAUAUGGAAUCAAAGGAACUGAAUUCAGAUCUCCGCUGUUCUACUCAUGUACUCUUAUGACCUUGGUUGAAUACCCUUCCUCAGCCUCAUUGUUCUCAUCUAGAAUGUGGAAGGGUAAUGCUAGGUCUUUUGACAAUAAAUUGCUUGAUCGCAUGCUUCAGGGAUGUCUCUCUCUCUCAUAAUAAAAUGGGGUGGACAAGAAUAUUCAAUAACCACACUUUCCGAAGAAGAUACGGUGCUAGAUCUCAAGCAAUCCCUCAAGACACUUACAGGAGUGCUACCAGAACGCCAAAAGUUGCUUGGUCUCAAAGUUAAAGGCAAACCUGCAGAAAAUGACGUUAAGCUUGGAGCUCUCAAACUGAAACCAAAUACUAAAAUCAUGAUGAUGGGAACUCGAGAGGAGAGCUUGGAAGAUGUCUUAGGCCCACCACCUGACAAUGAUGAUGUUGUCAAUGAUUUUGAUAUUGAAGAGGAAGUAGUUGAAGUAGAAAAUAGGGAAGAAAACUUGCUAAAAAUUUCUCGAAGAGUUAAAGAUUAUAAAGUGGAAAUUUUGAAUCCUCCCAGGGAAGGAAAGAAACUUUUGGUUCUAGAUGUUGACUACACAUUGUUUGAUCACAGGUCCUGUGCAGAGACUGGGGUAGAAUUAAUGCGGCCAUAUCUUCAUGAAUUCUUAACAUCUGCAUAUGAAGAUUAUGACAUAGUAAUUUGGUCUGCUACAAAUAUGAAGUGGAUUGAAGCUAAAAUGAAGGAGCUGGGAGUAAGUACGAAUACAAACUAUAAGAUCACCUUCAUGUUGGACAGUGCUGCUAUGAUAACAGUGCAUACCCCAAGAAGAGGCCUAAUAGAUGUAAAACCUCUUGGUGUUAUAUGGGGAAAAUUUUCAGAGUUUUACAGCAAAAAAAAUACCAUUAUGUUUGAUGAUAUUGGAAGAAAUUUUCUUAUGAACCCACAGAAUGGAUUAAAGAUAAGGCCUUUUAUGAAAGCUCAUCUAAAUAGAGAUAAAGAUAAAGAACUUUUAAAGUUAACCCAAUACCUCAAGGAAAUAGCAAAAUUAGAUGACUUUUUGGAACUGAAUCACAAACAUUGGGAAAGGUAUCUCUCAAAGAAGCAAGGGCAGUAGUUCUAUGAUGCAUUAGCAUUUAUCUGAAGAUAAUUGAGAUCUAUGGACCUUUCCUUGCUUUUAUGCUAGAUAUUAUAAUGAUAGUGCUGGACACUGAAGCAAACAUCAGACUGACUGACUGCUUAUCCUUGGUCUUCCAGUUUUUAAUUUAAUUUAAUUUUGUAUUUUUUGAAGAUCACAGCAAUAAGCUAAAAAGAAAAAAUCCAGUUUCUUUUUCAAAUAUAUACUUCAACGUUACUAUUUAAAAAUAAUACCUACUUUUGCACUGCUGCCAAGGUAUUAUUGUAAUUUUUUCCCCUACAAAAAUGGAGGAAAAUAUUUUUACUAAUUUUCCUAAUGAUGUUAUUCAGUAACUUUGGAAACAGCUUGAGACUUUAGGUUUUUGUUUCAUUAAAUCUCCAAAGACCAAAAUCCUGUCUUGAAACUGGAAAGCAAGAUUUUAUUUUAUAUUUUUAAGACCAAAAAAUUUGUGCAGGUAGCCAGUUUUGGUAUCCUUUUAAAUAACCAAGGUUCUUCAUCCUUCUGUCUUAGACACAGUUUUCCUUCCUUGUUGCAAUAUUUAAGUUUCUAAAUACAAACUCUUAGUUUGGUUUGUAUUUUGUGUGUCAGUGUUUUUUUGUAUAAGACUGGAAAGCACCAGCCCUAAGGCAAAUGUGCCAUAUUGGGAAAAGGUGGAUUCCUGGAAAAUAAUUACUGACAAACCAAAUUUGAAGGGAAAAAAAAAAAAGUCCAGCUGUAUUUGAUGGCUAAGUAGAAGCAUUUCUGCCUAAAAACCAUUGUCAUAAAGCAGUUUAAAAGCACUAAAUUUCAAAUAGGAUAUGCCACAGAUUCAUCCCUAAUAAAGCAUGAACAAAAGCCCUUGUUCUGUUCUAGUUAAAUCUUGUCCAAGUGCAAAUACCAUAUAUCAAUUGAAAUACCUAGCCAUACAGUUUUCAAAAAGUCAUUUAUUUGCGAUGCUUAAGCCUGCACUAUAGAAGUAUGAUGUGACUGCUGUUUUGCGUUAUUGACAGUGUUACAUUAUACAGUUUUUGUAUUUGAAAGAAGUCCGAGCCUUUCAAAUAAACAUGGUAUAUAUUGUUCUUAAGGGACUAUAGCAGUGGUGUAAAUAAUAAAUACCUUUUCUUAAAACAUUGGA